GCGGUUUUUGAACCGAAACCUUCGUGAAACCUGGCUUGACCUCUAACCUCCACCACCACCACCCACAUCCCUCGAAAAUGAACGAAACUGGUUCGCUGUCGCGAGCGACGUCCUUCUCACGAGCCAGCAAACAAGGUAGCACUAUCUCUCGAAAUCAAUCUCUUAUCAAGAAGAACAUCGCUCCUCACGACCUCCGACCUUCAGACGUCCUCAUCGAGCGUUUUGUAGCUUGGAAAGCUAUUGUCAAGCAACUUAUAGCCUAUUUUGAAGGCAUCGCUGAUAUACAGAAUCAUGUCGCUCGAGAGUUGACCAAGUUGAGCGGCGUAAUUCAAGUACCGUUCAGAGCUGGCAAUCAGUUCCUAGGAGAAGGAGGACUGCAGGAUGUAUAUUAUGGUAUUCGUGACAAGACAAGGAUUAUUGCUGAUGAGCAUGCGAAUUUGGGAAGGACCAUCGAUUCUUCGAUCGUUCAGCAUCUGGAGAAACUCAGAACUGAAAUCAAAGCGCAUAUAAAGAAUAUCCAAAACGAUACAGGGAAACUGGCCACAAUGGUCGCUAAAGAACGCGCUCUUUCUACCUCCUUGAUUUCCAAUCUCGCAACGAGUAUAUCCCAGCUCAAGAACACACCUCUUGCUGUCUCUUCUUCUCCUAAAUCCGAUCCAUACAUCUCCAAUGUGGCCGUCGCUCUUCAGCUUCGCAAACAAGUGCACGCCGAGAACCUGCUCCAGAAGUCAAUCAUCAUCACCCAAUCCAACUCUGCCCAUUUUGAAUCAGGAAUCGUGCGUGCUAUACAAAGCGCCUGGCAGACCUACGAAGAAUGGCAUUCGCGAAUGAUAUCCUCCCUCGGGGAAACUCAGGCAGCCCUGGCAAUUCAAAUGGCCGCCCUUGCGCCUGAUAGAGAGUGGCUGUCAUUCUCUGCGAGGACAGAUCACUUACUCGACCCAGACACUCCAUUGCGUAAUCCAGAGACUGUCUUGUAUCCUUCCAAAGAUGACCCCUCCGUUCAACCUGUCCAUACUGGUAUGAUGGAACGUAAGAAAAGGUUCACGCGUACCUAUCGCGAAGCCUAUUAUGUUCUCACACCUGGCGGAUUUCUCCACGAGUUCUCGAGCAGCGAUCAUAACGAAGCGCCUCAGCCAGUGUUCUCGUUGUUUUUGCCCGCUUGCACGCUUGGACCUCCUAGCGACGGAAAGAAGGGGAGCCACAAGUUUCAUAUUGAGGGCCGAAAGGACGGUACAGGAACCACGAAAGGCGGGAGUAUCAGGAAGAGUCUGAGUCUUAAGCGUGGGGGAGAUCAUGCCUGGAGUUUUAGGGCGAGGAGUCGGGAGGAUAUGAUGGAGUGGUGGAAUGAUAUAAGAAUGCUUUGCGCUAGAUAUCUCAUCGCUUCCGAGUCUAUUGAACGAUCCGGUCCUGUUGAAGCAGCAGUACGCGCUGCUGGAUAUGUCUCCGAAGAGGAACCCGAGACUGAGGGGAGUAGCGUCGAUGAAGAGGAGGAAGAUGAUGAUUUGGAAUAUGUGGAAGCUGAGGAUGGUAGUCCACCUAGUUAUGGUGGACAUGAGAAAGAGAGGAGCCUACCAGGAGGUGUUGGGGCUGAUGGAUAUCCUGUUGACAAGAAACCGAAAUCUGAUUCACGCCCUCACUCUCCGGCUGCAGACCAGGAAGUGUCAGUUUCAAGAAGGCCGAGUAAGAGGCAGAUGGAGAAGGCGCCCGAAGGGAAAAUGCCUCAUGUCAAUGGAGAAGAAGGUGCUCAUGAACAUGGACAUGGGCAUCCUCAGGUGGAGAGUAAGUUCACGGAGGGUUUGUAGGGGUUCGUUUCUUUGUGCAUAUUUUUGGUGUUGCAUCGAGGAACUUUGGGCCAGUCUGUAUACGAAUUUGAUGUGUAGUAAACUUGGGCUACUCAAUGGACAAAUAGAUUGUUACUUUUCAUUGA